AUGUUAGUAUGUUACUCUGUAGUCUGUAUCUGUCACUCGACUUCAAUAUCAGUCUCUGUCUCUCUUAUCUCUAUGCUUCGAAACCCUAGAAAAUCAGGUUUUACCGUAAGUACCGAAGCUGAAAAAGUCUUCUGGUUCAGUGAUUCGUGCUGCAUUUUUCGAUUUGCAGAAGAAUUGAUAACUUGUCAUAUAGUUAUGGAUUGGGAUCUCUGGGGUCCGUCAUACACUCAAGAUUCACCAGAAAGCAGCUUUGAUAUACGACAACAUGAAUGGGAGUGUGACUUCUACUUUGGUUAUGGUGCGGAUGUGAUAGAAGAAGAUGCUCUAAAUGAGAAAUCUUGUGUAGAGGCACUAAGAAAACUGAUAUCAAAGGCAAAUAUUGAAAUUGAAGAGCUUGAAGAGAAUCUGGUAAUCCUUCAAACCCAAUCAGAAUGGGCUGAACAGAAUAAAUUAAAAGAGUGGUUUGACAUAUGCUGUAAAGGUCUGGAAGAAAAAACCAACUUUUUGGAGCUUCUGAUACGGAAUUUGAAGAAUGAAAUUGGGCAAAAUGAUUGUGAUAAUGAUUUUCAGUCACUGAUGCAUGUGGAUCCUCCCAGGAGAAUUUCUGAAAUGGUGAAGGAUUUACUCAGAACUCGCUGCCAGAGUAAAUCUGAACAGCCUGAAGAUAUUGCCAUGAAAGAUACUUUCAGGGAUGGAACUGGCGAAUCCAGUGACAGGGAAAGUUUAAGCAACUUUGAUUCAGGAAGUAGCAUAACAGAUGAAAUUUUAGAACCCAGUGUCACUCAUGCAGACAUCAGUUUAGACUCAACCAUCAUUGUCAAAGAUUUCAGAUCAGAUGCUUUCAGCCACGAAACUGGCAAAUCUGAUGAUGAGAAAAGCUUGAGUUCCUUAAGUUUGAAAAUUAUUACCACAGAGGAAGUCAAAGAAUCCAAUGUUUCUUGUAUCAACAUCAGCUUAAAUUCAUCUAUGAAGCCAGAUGAAAAGUCAAUGAAUCAUCCAGUCACAGUUGCAGCCCGGGAAGUUGGUAUUUUUUAUACUGAUAAUGCUAUUGCAGAAUCACCUUCAGAUUUACUAGGUCAUGUAGCAAAAGAUAUAAGUAUGUCAGACACAAUGGCAGUCCAAGAACCCAAAAUCCCUGCAACUGAUAGCACUGUAAAUGAAAAUUCGCAUUUGAAGUUGCAAGGGCAGACAACAAAGAAUGAAAUGCAGUUGCACCCUGUGGAUGGCCACGAACCAUGUGUUACUUCAAUUGCAGAUGUCAUUUCAAAUACAUCUUCCAAUUCAAGGGGAAGAGACAGGCAAAAACCUGGUUCAACGUGUAUGAAUGCUAAUGCCAACAACCAGAAGAGAACUAUGAAAACAGUUCAGCCAAUCUCUUGCGGGGUCCAGGAAUCCGGUGUUGAAUCUAAUGAUAAUGAAACCAGCUUACUUCCACCUUCAAAGCCACUAGUCAAGAGAAGGAAGAUUACAAAACCUUCAGACAUUGCUAAGGUUGAAGAACCUAGUGAAAGUCCUACAGAGUUUGCGACAUUACAAGGAGUUAAAAUUGAGAGUACAAGCAAAGAAGACCUACAGAAUUCUUGUGGGGCCCAAGAUCCUGGUUUUGUAGAUGACAAUAGCCAUGGUGACUUAUUUCCACCUUCAAAGCCACAAGUCACGCAAAAGAAGAGUACAAAACCUUCAGACGUAGCUAAGGUCAAUGAAAAUAGUGAGACAUUGCAAGGGGAUACAGUUAAGAGUACAAGCAAGGAAGACCUACAGCUCCCCAAUUCUUGUAUGGCCCAAGAGCCCAGUGUUGUUGAUGGCAAUAGUUAUGACAGCUUAUGUCCGUCUUCAAAGCCACAGGCAAAGAGAUCAAAGAGUAAAAUUCAAUUACCUAGUGUUGCUCUGGAGAAUUCAACAUUGCAAGGGGAUACAAUUGAGAUGAAAAGUGGGAAAGGUCUGGAAUUCUGCAAAUCUUCUGUUGGCCAAGAAUCCAGUGUUGCUUCUGACCAUAAUCAUAGUGAAUUGCUUCUGCAGUCAAAGCCAAGUGGAAAGAAAAGGAAGAGAGUUGAGAAAGACCUACAGUUACCCAAGUCUGGUGGCAUUUCUGAAUCUCAUGAUAAAGUUACAGGUCUACUGCCUAAGGACCCUAACGAGAUGAUGAAAUUGAAAUUGUGUGAGUUGAGGGCUUUUGCCAAGGAAAGAGGGCUGAAAGGUUUCUCUGGCAAGAAAAAGGGAGACAUUGUGACUCUAUUACUACAGAAAGAGGAAGAAACUGCGACUCUAUUACCACAAGGGAAAUUUGAUCAUGGGUCCAAAAAGGAAGAGGGAUCUAUCCCUUGUGCGAGCUAUCCCCACUACCUACAAUGUAAACCGGUUUACCUCAGAAAAGACCGAAGGAAUCUACAGGGAGCAUCUCUUAAUAGGAAGAUUCUUGUAGAGAGAGAUGUCUUAGUGGAAGAGCUUUUGGCCUACAAGGUGGGGGCCAGGUUUGGUAGACUGAACUGGACCGAUAUGCUCAUUCAGCCAGACUUCUACUACCCCACACUGGUCAGAGAAUUCUAUGCAAAUCUGGUAAUGGUCCAGGAGGAUGACGACGGCUCCAGGUUUACUUCCUAUGUAAAGGGAGUGGUCAUUAGCUUCAAUGCCGUGGAGCUGGGGGUUCUUCUCAGUGUAUCUUCAGAAGGUGAGAGGGUAUACUAUGCUCCAGGCAGUCAUUUGGACAAGUGCCUCCCUCCAGACGGGCAGCGAAAACUGUUUAAGGUUCUCUCCAAUGACAGGUUCGAGGAGAACGAAGAUCUUUUCAAGUUCCCUCCUUCUCAGCGUGUUCUGAUCUUUAUAGCCAAGACCAAUCUGGCUCCUUCUAAGGGGCACAACACCCUUCCUCCUUUGAUGCCUAUGGUUUUGGCCCAUUCUCUGUACACUGGCCAGCCCAUUUGCCUGCCUCACAUGGUCAUGCAGUACAUGGCCCGUGCGGUGAUGAAUUCUGCUCGAAACAACACUCUACCCUAUGGUCGGCUACUCACUAGGGUUUUCUUAUUCCUUGGGAUUGAUCUUGACCAUGAACCAAAGGGAACAUGCACUGAGGGACCUAUUGGGUUCAAUGCACUACAGAAGAUGAACCUAUACUAUGAUUACGAUAGUGUAGGGGAGCAGGUGCAGUACGGGGAUGGCAGAGGGGCCAGGGAGGAGGAUGAGGAUGAUAGUGAUGAUGACUUGGAGUUUAUGGGUUCUGGACCGUCAGCAACAGGUACUUCGAGUGCACCUGGGGGAGGUAGUGACAUCUUGAUGGCUAUUCGACGACUGAAUUUGAGGAUGGCAGAUGGCUUCAACGAUGUCAAGAAGCAGUUCUCCGAUCAGGCUCAGCGUCUAGAGGGCAUAGAGCGAGGAGUGGCUGAUCUUAUGCCUUCCUAG